CUUUAUUGGGCUUAGGCUUUAGGAGAGAGUUAUCUCCAAGUUGAAUUUAUUCUACUAAGACAAAUCACCUCAGCUCAAAUGAAUCUUACCAGUAUUGCUAUAGUCACUGCACUCAUCAGCAUUGUCACUGCCUUGACGGAUGGCCCCAUUGCUGUAUCGUAUGCGCAUAUCCUCCAUAGUGUCAUUAACGGCACUCUACCAAGGUCGCUGAAUGAUGAAGGCACAAUCACUGUCAAUAUUGUGGCAAACAAGAAACGAGAAGUCAAUGAUCCCUACUACUCUAACUUAAAAUAUUUAUCGUUGGACAAUUUUGCCAAAGUGAACACUUUGGCUAGUUUGUUACUGUCAGCAGUUGCUAACAGCGCCUGGGGUGAUGUUCUCUACUUGUACAACUAUGUCAGGUUCAAUGGCUUUGAUGACUACAUGACUUUAACAGCCGAUGGAAAGUUCGCUGAUGAAGUUAACUUGUACUUGUUGUCGACACCUGACCAAUCGGUAUCAUUGUUGAGUAAUACCUCUACUAACAGCGUAUUGAAAGAUUACUACGCUAGUUUUGCUCCUAACCCAAGUUCAGUAAUUCUGGUCGGAAUGACUGAACUUGUUACCAACAGCUGUGAAACUAUCUUAAGACAGAUGUUUUAUAGUUAGAUUGUGAGGUGGAGACAUGGAAUAUCUUAAGCGGAGCUCCAUAUACUUUUGACUGGGCCCAAGGAAGCUUGUGUCUUAUUAAACUAGUCAUAUUUAAUUUAUAUUGACGAAUAAUUACCAUCAUGACAUUUGUGGUAUAUCUAGUACGUAAUUGUGGAUACUGUUAACCAUCCAAAAGAAAGUACUUCUCAU